AGCGCCCCCUCCUCCUCCUCCUCCUCCGCCGCCCGCCCGCUGCGGCGCCGCUCGAGCCGUUCUCGCGCCGGGCCGCGCGCCGCCGCUCCGCCAUGUGGCUGCUGGCCGCCUCCGUGCUGCUCGGCGCCCUGCGCGCAGGUUCUGCCCAGUUGAUACUUUCUGGGACAAGUAUUAUAGAAAAAAAUGACUGUAAUGAAACUGUAGUUUUACCUUGUUACGUGACUAAUCUAGAACAGAACAAUGAAAAUGUCAUGUUCGUUAUAUGGAAAAAGCAAGGAGAGAAAAUUUUUUCUUACCAUGGAGGAAACAAGAAGUUUAAUAUUUAUCCCUCGUUUUCAUCUGCAAGAUUUUUAUCCCAGGCGGAUUUAAUCAAGGGAGUGGCCUCACUGGUGCUCCACAGUGCACAAGCAACUGUUGGAAAUUACAGCUGUGAAGUAACAGAAUCAAACAGAGAAGGAGAAUUAAAAAUGGAACUUAAAAACAGCUCAGUUGUCAGUUGCGGCGAUGAAACACCAGAGGAAAAAUGUGGAUCAUGGUUCCUUCUAGUGGAAAGGGCUGUCAUCAUAUCAUUGAUGUGCUUACUUGUUAUUUUUUGUGCAGCUCAGUUAAGUGUUAUUGGAUUAAAAUAUGAAAUUGAAUCUCAGAGGAAAGUGUGCGUUAUUGUAGCACUUGUCAUCUUUGCAGUUGUAGCUGGUGUAGGCGCUGCUCUUUUUAUCCAAGAUGGUUAUACUGUACAGAAUCAGGCUGGUCUUGGCCUGACUGUAAUCCCUACUGUGAUUUUGAUACCGCUUCAGUACGUCAUGUUUGGAAUUGUUUUUGACAGUCUAAUGCAGGCAACGUUGGCUCUGAUAGGUUUGAAACUUCUUGGUUUUAUAAUUGCUGUGGUUGGUUUUGCACUGUGUGUCCCAGCCUGUCCUCCGUUACACGGGUCUGUUCUGAUUGCUGGCUUAGCUAUUAUGGCUAUUGGAAGUUUGCUUAGUCUGGCUUACGUGUUUAUUAUGGGUUCCAGAAUGAAAGAUCAUCCUCGUCCGGGGAAAGCUGUAGAAGAACCACUAAAUGAUGCAAAAGGAGUGAUGUUAGAAUGAUGAACUGCAGAGCUAUGUGAUGCGUAUAUAAAAAGUACACCAUUGUUGAUACACCGUGGCCUUGAAGAUGCACUACUCAACGAGAAGAAAUUCAGGAAUCUAGUUGUUUUGCAUGUGUGGCAAAAGUGCUUUUGAUAUAAAUGACAUAAUUUUAUAGUCACAGCAGCUGUAGCAAGGAACAUGUGUGUUUGCCCACAUGUGAUCUUUAUUUUCUUUUGUUAUGGUGUAUAUGGGAUGGUUGAGGGUGAGAAUAUAAGAAGCAUUAUUUGCCCAGUACAGAGUCUCCCAGCAGUAAUCCUUAGUGGUACUAUUUUCAAAAACUAUCAUUAAUCACUGCUUUGAUAAUGGGCCUGCUGAGCCCAGAGAUUGCAAUACCAUUUAGACUAUUGCUUUCUUUAUUUGUGUGCAUGGACAAAGUAUGGUUUUUGUGUAUGAUACAAGCAGGAAGUACAGAUUGUACAAAUACAUCUUUUCUGACAUUCAGCAAAUUUUUAUAAAAAAAAAAUAAAAAAGUUACACACAAAGUUGCAUAAGUACAAAGUUUACUCCCAGCUCUCCUGAAAUUAUUAACAGAGUUCUAAUUCCAUGAAACAUUAGUAUUCCUCUCUGUGGACAGUAGUCAUGUGUGCUCUGGUGGCUGAUCUUUUUGUCCAGUGAGAGGGCUCUCGGUGCCUUCUCUGUAUCCUUUGAUGAGAAACUGCUCAGCUCUUGGAGCCUAAUUCAGCACUGGAAUUACAGAGCACAGGAGCUGGUAAUCUUAAUGCUGAAUGUGGUUCUUGUGUGUGUUCAUGUUGUGCAGUGUGUGGAACUGGAAGCAAUUUCAGGCUUUCUUAACUCAGUGAAUUUGUGAAAGUCGUGGGUGCUUCAUAAAAAUAGGAGUUGUCCUAUUUAGUGUAUUUUUGACAAAGUUUAAAAUCUUGUUUUCUUGAAUUAUGAUUUCUGGCCCAGGUUUGUGUUGCUGCCAUUACAUCACAAAUACAUAAAAUAAAAAGUAGGAGGAGCUGAUGAGGAGUGAGGAAGCUCAGUUUCUGUAUAUAUCUAUUAAAAAACAGUUUACUAGGACUUGCACAUUCCAUGAGAUUCUGCUAUGUUUUACAGCUGUUUUGAGAGUUGUUCCAAUAUAGUUGGCUGCUCUUGGACUUUGUGUAUGCUUUGUAGAAAUCUUGACACUGUUUCCCGUUUGUACUAAGGUACUGUAUUUCAAAGGCACACAUGGUUUUCUCCUUCUAACGAUUUAAAACUUCGUUUGGAAAGCUGUUGCCAAAAAGUCUUGUAAUAAAAUCCAUGUUUUUAAAGAUCCUGAGUAAUUUGGCACUUCUCAGAGUUGAAUGUUGCAAAUCAAGGUUCAUAUCCAUGUUGUUGGGUGCAUGUUGCAGGGAUUUGGGUCUCUGCACGUUGAGCUCCGAGUCACAUUAAGAAUUCAACAAAGCAAAAUUGAGGUGUCUGAUUUUACAGCAGGUGCUGUCAUAAUUGUCCCUCUUGCCAAGGCUGCAGGAUUGAACCAUUUAAAGCAAGCCAUGGUCCAGCCCUCACUGGGAUCACUGGGACACAGGGAAGAGGAUCACCCAUACAAUUAAAUUAUGGGAGAAGCAGGUAUGGCUCACACUUACUGUCCUACUUUGCCAGUGGGAGUAUUCAUGUAAGGUUUGAGCUCUUGCAUAUGAAUCUUUUGGUGCAGGUUUUCCCAUAAUCUCAGUGAUAUCUAAUUAAAGAUGGGAGGUAGUUCUCCAUUACAAUUUGGUAUAAUUUUUUUUUCUAAUUUAGUACUGUGCAGUGCUCCCUGUUUAUGACUAGUGAUUCCCUCUGGCAAGUUGAAAAUCUUAGCAGCAGAGGAAUAAAAAACCAAAUCAACUGCAAUUCUGUUGAGGUAUUCUGCCUUACAAAAACAGUUAUGUGUAAUAGCUUUAUGUUAAUUUCUGUAAAGCAAACUGCAGCAGAACCCCGCUGUGUCACCGUGGGAUCAGGCCGAGCUGUUUCUAGGAAUUGUCAAAACAUGAGGAGCUCAGUGGCUGUCUAUGGACUGCAGAAUCAUGGCCCCAGAAAUGGGAGAAACCCACCAUCCUCUUGUGUUAAGGGCUGGAUUUCUUGUAGGUGGGAAUUUAAAGGCGAGAGUUUAAAAAGUCAUUGGUGCACCCAGCCAGCCCUUUCCCACCAGUAAUUUAAACCAAAGUUGUUCAUAACUGUAUGCUUUCAUUUGUGUGUGUACAUAUGUGUGUAUAUAUAAAUAUAUAGACAUUUUAAAUAUCUAUAGAUCUAUAGUCUUUACCCAAGAAACUGUUUUUAUUUAUGAAAUAUGAAAUGAUUUUGUAAAUAUUGUGCUAAUAUACUUAAAAAAUAAAGUCAUUUUAAGUUGUU